AUUUAAGGUUAAAUUUUUAGGUUAUAAAGGUCUUGCACCCAAAGGAUUUUUUACACAAAUUGUAAUUAAACUAUUUCUAACUUUUAAUACAAAAUGGAAAAGGAAAAAGAUCAGGAAAACCUUGCAGAAGCCGAAAAUCCUGCAAUGCCUCCUAGCCAAGAAACCAGCGACAUUAUUCCAGGUUACAAGAGCAUAGACGAUUUUACAAAGGAUGGAUUUAAAAUCCUUAUGGAAGGCAUCAAACAUGCCAACGCACUACCUUCAGGCAACGAUUUAAACUUUUACAGAACCUUUGAGUCGUUCAAUAACAUUAACAAAAGCCAAUCCGACCAAAUCUUGGCAAAUAUUUCUAACUUAUUGAAGAAAACCGAAGUCGGGGGCAACAUUUAUAACCAGACCGUCGAUAAGAAAACGGAAAUCCUUAUAGACGCCAACGAUAUCAUUUUAGAACGAAUUGCCAAUGAUAUAGAUGAAAUGAACGGUAUUAAGAAGUUCUAUAAUGAACCCGUUGUGUUGCAUACAGUUAGCGCCCAAGUACCUGCCAAUAUUAAUGGGUCUUGGAACAGGAGCAACGUGAAGUUUUCUAUGUCUGAUAAUAUUCUAACUAAGGAUACUUCAAAUAAAACGAAUGCAACCACUAUACGCCUUCUGGCGGGAGAGAACAUCCUGAGGCCUCAAAAGUUUUUCAAGGAUAAGAUAAAUAAUAAUAAUGAUUAUCCUUGGGAGCCGAGGAUAAGGGACAAACCAAACUCCCUUAAACCUUUAGCAAUCUUUUUAGAGGAAACUGAAAAUGGAAAAGAGUUUUCUCACCCUUACGAGUUUGAACUAGACAGAUUCACCCCGGCAGAAAAUUUACUAAAAAAAACUGAAAUAACUUCACCGAAACCCAUCAAAGACACCCCACUCAUUGAAAUCAAUACGCCAGAGCAACUUCCAGAAUUGCUAGAGGAUCUACAGAAGUACCAGUUUAUUGCUGUUGAUGUGGAACAUCAUUCAUAUAGAUCUUUUAUGGGGAUAACGUGUCUAGUGCAAAUUUCUACCCCCGAAAAGGAUUAUUUGAUCGAUGCUUUAGCUUUGAGGAAUGACUUGUGGGUUUUGAAUGAAGUGUUUACUAAACCCAGUAUAACUAAGAUUUUUCAUGGUGCCGACUCGGACAUCCCUUGGCUCCAACGGGACUUAUCCCUCUACGUGGUCAAUAUGUUCGACACGCACCAGGCGGCCAAACAACUCGGUUAUUCCGGGUUAUCAUUGGCGUAUCUGAUGAGACGCUUUUGUAGUUUUACGCCAAAUAAACAGUUCCAACUGGCCGAUUGGCGGAUACGUCCCUUGCCCACGGAAUUGAAGAAUUACGCGCGAGAAGACACCCAUUACUUGAUAUACAUUUAUCAAAACAUGAGGAACGAGUUGAUCGACAAAGGAAACGGGAAAAGUAAUCUGUUGAAGGCGGUUAUCGGGCAAAGUACCGCGUUAUGUCUAAAAAGAUACUUCAAACCGAUUUGGAACGAACAGAGUCACAUGGAGUUUUACCGGAGGUGUCACAGGAAUUUCGAUAACAGGCAGCUGUUUGCUCUGAAGGAAAUUUACAAGUGGAGGGAUCGACUGGCUAGAAGUGAAGAUGAAAGUACUGGAUAUGUCUUGCCCAACAACAUGCUACUAGAAAUAGCCGGUCGUUUACCAAAAGAAAUGCAAGGCAUCUUGGCGUGCUGCAGUCCAGUACCUCCGCUAUUGCGUGCGAACUUACUAGAGAUUCACAAGAUAAUCUUAAAAGCUUUAGAGCAACCAUUCGAAGAGCCCAUACUGAAGGAGCCAACCAGAGCGAGAGGAUCGGCAAAGAAAAUGACAAAAAUUAACAUCGAUAGUCCCCUUCAUUGUCCUCACGAUUUAACAAAAUCCGACGAGUUUCGAGACGAUUUACCCACGCUACUAAAGUCCCCAGAAAAACAGGAUAUUGAAAGUAUUUUAUUUGCUAAACACCAAUGGGAGCACACCAAAUCGAUUUGUUCGGUGUUUAAUAGUGCUAUUAAUGAAGUUAUUGAGAAGGAAACAAACAGUAUUGAGAAGCUUCGAAAGUUCAAAGAAAACUUCAAGUUCCUGGGCCCAUUUGAGAGGUACACUUUGGUUAAACCAUUUAUCGAAAGCAGAGAGAGAAAGCUAGCGGAAGAGCGUAAGAAGUUGGAAGAAGAGAAACGAGAGGAGACGAAACGGGAUAAAGAUGUUACAGAUAGUGGUACGCAGGAAGAACGUACCGACGAAGAGAGAAUUGAGUCAAUCCGAGAGCACUUUUUAUCGUUGGCCCGUCAAGCUUUACCGACCGAAGCGACGACACACUCCCCGAAAAAAAUGUCACUUUUAGAAAUGGGCGGCAGUAAAAAACGGAAACGGGACGAAUCCCCGAUGGACCCUUUGGAGUGUGCUGAACUCGAGCACAACGUGCAAACCCCUUUGCCCAACUUCAAGAUCAAACUUCACACUAAUGUUGAUAGUGCCGUGGAGCGGAAUAGUACCAAGAGGAAAUCGUGCGAAGCAGAUCCUGGACCGAGCAAGGUUUCUGAUAAUUGUAGAACAGAUGGUGGCAGUAAAAAGAAGCUUAGUCCGAAAAAGAAGGGCAAAAAUGGGAAACAACAAAAUUCUAUGAAUCAAGACAGCAUAACGCAAGAUCCGACUAAUGACAAACCAAAAGCACCAAAUAAAACGAAGAAAAAUAAAAACAAACGUUGGAAAAAUAACAAUAAAAAUAAGAAACCGCCAGCAAAAGAAGAGCACAAUCAAUCGGAGGAGUUUAACGCUUACGAUUACGCGACGGUCGACUUUAAACAGUUUCAAGGUGGAGCAGGACGUGGCGAACAGAAAAAACAGUUCAAUUCGAAGUUUAGAGGCAAGAAUCGUAAUCGAGGUGGACGAGGCAGAGGACAAAAGGCCAAAGCGAUGAGUUUCAAACAAGCAACAAAAUAAAGGGACUUUUUACUGUUACAAUUUUUGUUAAUAAAUUUCUAUGAAUACUGAUUUAUUUUGUUAAUUAUUAUUUGAUUGUGUUUAAUUCAAAUAAAUGGGCAUGUAAGCUUAA